GGACGCUAUGGCAAAUGUCAAAACCAAAACCUCCCCCCUGUGAUCCGCGGGAAAAAGUGAAAAAAUGGCGACGGUAGAAGUUUAGCGCCGGAGACAGAGACAGAGAGAGACAAAGACAGAGAGAGAGACAGACACAGAGAGAGAAACAGAGACAAAGAGGGACAGACAGACAGAGAGAGACAGAAAAUCAGAGGGAAACGGAGACACAGAUCACCUGUCUGUCUCAGUGCAGUCCGACCUAUCUGACGGAACAGCCUGUCUGUGGCUCAGGACCAGAGGACGAUGUUUGAGGACCUGACUGAAGACUUCUGUGGUCUGGAGCCUCAGGUGUCUUCAGGGGGCGGGGUAUGUCAGAAGGGGCGCGGUCUUGAUGAAGAAGAAGGGGAGGGGUCCAGUCUGAGUGUCGGACAGUUUGUCCUCUGCCAUUGGUCAGAUGGACUCUACUACCUGGGCAAGAUACAGAGGGUGAGCUCGUCCAGACAGAGCUGCUUCGUCACGUUUGAAGAUAACUCCAAGUUCUGGGUUCUGUGGAAGGAUAUCCAACACGCUGGAGUGCCGGGGGAGGAGCCUCGAUGUUCUGUCUGUCGGGGGGUGGGGCCAAACUCGGAUGGCCAAUCAAAUCCAACCAACCAGAUCCUCAUCUGUGGGAAGUGUGGGAUUGGUUUCCAUCAGCAGUGUCAUGUUCCUCCUGUAGAGGGCAGCAACAUCCUCAGUCCCUGGUUCUGUAGACGCUGUGUGUUUGCUUUGGCUGUCAGGAAAGGGGGCGCUCUAAAGAAAGGUCCAGUAGCUAAAGCUCUGUCAGCCAUGAAGCAGGUGCUGUUGUACGACCUGGACUCACUGGACUGGGACUCUCAGCACCGGACCAAUCAGCAGCAGUGUUAUUGUUACUGUGGAGGCCCCGGAGAGUGGUAUCUGAAGAUGCUGCAGUGUUUCAGGUGUCAGCAGUGGUUCCAUGAAGCUUGUAUCCAGAGUCUGAACGAGUCCAUGAUGUUCGGAGACAGGUUCUACCUCUUCCUGUGUUCAGUCUGCAGUAAGGGAACAGAGUACGUCCGUCGUUUGUCUCUCAGGUGGGUGGAUCUGGUUCAUCUGGUUCUCUACAACCUGUCCGUCAGCAGCAAAAAAAAAUACUUCGAGCUGGACGAGAUCCUCGCCUUUGUUUCCACCAAUUGGGAACAUCUACAGCUCGGAAAGCUGUCAAAUACUCCUCCAGCAGACAGGGGGCAGUACCUUCUGGAUGCUCUGAACAAAUACAAGAGCAAGUUUCUGUGUGGGAAGGAGAUAAAGAAGAGGAAGUGCAUCUUUCGUCUGAGGACUAGAGUUCCGCCUAACCCCCCCUCCAAGCUUUUUCCAGAGCGUGCUCAAAAUGAAGGGGGACGGAGCCUCAAGAACGGUGUGGACAGAAACAGUGCUUCAGCCAAGAGGAAGAGGAGGAAGUCUAAGUGGCUGCUAGAAGACGCCAUCCCUAACAACGAGUCGUCCUGCAGCUGGACGUCCAACCACCACAUGGCCAACUUCUUCGACUUCACCCUGGAUGAACUGCAGAGCCUCAAGAGUAGAACCAUCAGUAUUGAUCAGGAUUCCACUGAUGCCUCCACCUCAGGUUCUGCUACGACCAGCGCCUCCUACCACCUCAGGAGGAGGGUGGGCAGCAGGAAGAGGAAGUUGCCCAGCUACAGCCAGUGGGCCAGUCGCAGUGAAGCAGGGGAGGAGCUUACUGGGAUAUUGGAGGAUCCAGAAGCUAUAACCCACGCCCAUCUAUCAUCAAACUCCUCCCAUUUCCUUUCCAACCCCUCCCAGCUGCACUCUUCCAUCUCCUCGUAUUUUGGAGUGGCGGGCAGACUGACCAAUGGGGAGAGGUACCAGGUGCUGGCUCGACGAAUCACUCCACAGGGGACGGUCCAGUACCUGCUGGAGUGGGAGGGGACAACACCAUAUUAGGAUGUUUUCCUGGGGCGCUCUGAUUCCUCUUCCUCCACUCACUGGUUCUGCUGAUUGGUUGAAAUCAGAGCUCAGUUAAUCAUUGUAUUUACUAUCUCCAUGACAACGAUCCACCCAACUCAUCUCCUGGUUCUAGGACGUUGCUUUUAGUCAAUGUUUUUAAGAACACUGACGUCUUUUUUUUACAGAAAUAGAUAAUGAAAGAACAUCUGUUUUUAUUCUUAGCUGCGGAGCAACAGUGUUCCCAUGACAGCAAGUUAGACCCCAACAUCAGAACAAUGUCCUCACAAAACCCCGUUCAUGAUGCUAUAGUCCUCAGUCUGUCCCCUCUAGCAUCUGUCAAACGUGUCCCCGUAAACCUGUAUCAGACACGUGUCCCCGUAAACCUGUAUCAGACACGUGUCCCCUUAAACCUGUAUCAGACACGUGUCCCCGUAAACCUGUUUGAUGUUCACGUGUUUGUAGGAAUCGGGAGUCUGAAAAUAAAGUGAAAACUAAAUGUUUGUGUAUAAACAGGCACACACACACUCAGUAGUGUUGCAUUAUGUGUUUUCAGUAGUUUAAACAUGUUUGUUCUUAUUUGUAAAUGGUCAGUGGCUCCUGUAGUUUUCUGUAGCGCCCCCUGGCUGUCAGACAGCACACUGCCUCACAUUUCCUCACCUGUCCUUACCCAUAUCCACCUCACAGUUAGCAACAUCUGUGGUGACCUCUUCGGGUGUUUCUAAUGCGUUGAUAAAAUUACCAUCACUUUCUUUCUGUGACCGACUGUCGGGAUCAAAGCUCCGAUACCAAAACUACUAAAAACAAGAAACUAUAAAUCCCAGCUUCCCAGAGCUGUGUUUUUGCACUAUGACAUUAAAUAUCUAUGCAAACGUCAAGAGAAACUGAUAAACGAUCAUAGAUGUUAAUCAGUGAUCAGGAGCUGUGUUUUGUUCAUGUGAAUUUGAUAUAGUUUGAUGUUAGCUCAUAGCUAACAGCCCAUUGUUUAGAAAGAGGAAUGCUAAUAGUGCUAAAACUCUCUGAGCUGUUAAACUGUCACUUUUAAUCUCCUCUUCUCUGCCAUGGUAACCACGCCCCUUUACCAUUGGAUGGUUGUUGUGAUCAUGUGACAAUUUUUCCUGUUGAGCUGACCAAUCAGCUGCCAGCUUUCUCUGGAAUAAAAGAUGAUUCUUGAGC